CUCAAAACAACACUCUAUAUCAGCCUUGUUUGUGGUUUCCUAAAUGAACAAAGUUGUCGUGUAGCCCCAGAUCGAGAGGUGCGGUGAGGGGGCUUGCUCUCCCCCAGCUGUGUGCCCCAGGGUGAAGAAGAAAGACGCAAACCAGCCAUCAGAACAGAGGGAGCCCCCACUUCGUCAUUGAGAGCAAACUUCGUCUGUCUCCCCUGGGCCCGUGACAGCCUGGUGUUGGGGACCUGAGGCACCACCCGGGGCUCUAUAAAUAACGCCGGGGCCUCAGAAUGCAUGAGGUGGUGAAGCUCGAGCUGCUGUGCAAGCAGCUCCACGAGGCCAACAAUGGUGCACAGCGGCAGGAGGCGGAGAAGGCCCUCGUGGAGUUCCAGUCAGGCAGAGGAGCCGCCACACUCAGCCAGUGCCAGUUAUUGCUGGACCGUGCCCAAUCAUCAUACUCCCAGUACUUGGCAGCUACCACACUUACAAAGCUGGUCUCAAGGAAUCCCUGCACACUCUCACUCCAGCAGAGGAUUGACAUAAGAAACUAUGUGCUGAACUACCUGGCCACACGGCCCAAGCUGGUGCACUAUGUGACGCAGGGCCUGGUGGUUCUGUUUGGCCGCAUCACCAAGCUGGGCUGGUUUGACGGUGUAGACAAAGAAAAAUGGGCAUUCAGAAAUGUUGUGGGGGACGUGUCCCAUUUCCUUCAAGGGUCAGUAGACCACUGUGUGAUUGGGGUCCAGCUCCUUGCUCAACUGACCGCUGAGAUGAACCAGAUCUCAGAAUCAGAUGCAAACAAAUCCCUCACCAAACACCGCAAGAUUGCAAGUUCAUUCAGAGACACUCAGCUCUUUGAUAUCUUCCAACUGUCCUGCACACUACUAGGAACAGCACUCAAGAACUCAAAGACACUCAAUUUCAAUGAUGAAAGUCAGCAUGGGUUGAUGACACACCUCCUUCGGUUAGCACUCAACUGUCUCACAUUUGACUUCAUUGGGACGUCUGUGGAUGAGAGCAGUGAUGAUCUAGGCACAGUACAGAUCCCCACGUCCUGGAGGCCUGCCUUCCUUGACUCCUCCACUGUUCAGCUGUUCUUUGACCUGUAUGCCUCCCUCCCUGCAACACUGUCCCCUGUGACGUUAUCAUGCUUGGUGCAGAUCGCCUCUGUGAGGCGAACUCUUUUUAAUAAUGAGGAGCGAGCCAAGUUUCUUUCUCAACUAGUCAAUGGAGUUAGGAAUAUUCUACAAAAUCCACAGGGCCUGAGUGAUCCCGCAAACUACCAUGAAUUCUGCCGACUGUUGUUGCGGCUGAAGAGCAAUUAUCAACUGGGUGAACUGGUGACGGUGGAGCACUACCCUGAUGCCAUCCAGCUCAUUGCCAAGUUUACUGUGGAGUCCCUGAACAUGUGGCAAUUUGCACCCAACAGCGUCCACUACCUGCUGUCCCUCUGGCAACGCAUGGUGGGCUCCGUCCCCUACAUGAAGGCUGCAGAACCCCAUUUACUGGAGACCUACACUCCUGAAGUGGUGAGGGCGUAUGUGUCGUCACGCCUGGAAAGUGUGAGUGUGGUGCUGCGGGAGGGCUUGGACGACCCGCUGGAUGAUGUCACAGUGAUCCAACAACAGCUAGACCAGCUUUCAACAAUCGGUCGGUGUGAGUACGGCAAGACGUGUGCCCUGCUGGUGCAGUUGUUUGAGCAGACAGCACAGCGUUAUCAAGAGCUAAUAACAGUACAACUGAACAACAGAUCACAGCAGCACUCCAUGGAAGACAUUGCAAUAUUAGAAGGUCAGCUAACGUGGCUAGUCUACAUGAUCGGCUCUGCAAUUGGUGGGCGUGUGUCUUUCAACACCAGUGACGACCACGAUGCCAUGGACGGGGAGCUGGUGUGCAGGGUGCUGCAACUAAUGAACCUCACAGACUCGUGCCUGCCUCAGGGGGGCUGUGAGAGGCGGGAGCUGGCCACAAUAUCCUUCUUUGAGCAGUUUCGAAAGAUAUACGUCGGCGACCAAGUCCACAAGACCUCAAAAUUUUACAGAAGACUUUCGGAGAUCCUGGGGCUUAACGACGAGUCUAUGGUGUUGGCAGUGUUUGUGCGGAAAAUCAUCACAAACCUGAAGUACUGGGGCCACUGUGAGCAGAUCCUGACCAAGACCCUCACACUCCUGUCAGACCUCUCCAUCAGCUACAACAGUGUGAGAAAGCUGGUCAAACUCGAUGCAGUACAGUUUAUGCUGAACAACCACACAAGAGAAUUCAGGGUCCUUAAAGAGUCUGGUCCUCAAAAUAGUGAGCACUUCCCCUUCCUGGGCGUAGGUGUGUCCGUGCAGGAGAUGCGAAGCCGAACACUCUUUUACACCUCCCUCGGCCGUCUUCUUAUGGUGGAGCUCGGGGAGGACGAAGAGAAAUUCACACAGUUCAUGAUCCCAAUUACAAGUGCAUUUGACAGUGUGGGUCGGCUGUUGGCCCAGGCAGAGACCCCAGUGUUCCAGGCGGAGGAGGCCAAGAAGGGGCUCAUCGGCCUGGCCAGGGAUCUCCGAGGGCUGGCCUAUGCAUUUAAUACCAAGACCUCCUACAUGAUGCUCUUCGACUGGAUCUACCCCACCUACACCGGCGUGCUCAUCCGGGGGGUUGAGAUCUGGUCCCACGAUCCCCAGGUCACCACUCCAGUCCUCAAGCUUUUUGCCGAGCUUGUUCAGAAUAGAUCUCAGAGGCUGCUGUUUGAUGUCUCCUCACCCAAUGGCAUCCUGCUGUUCCGGGAAGCCAGCAAAGUUCUCUGUACAUAUGGUUCUCGAGUCCUGGCCCAGGGCGACAACAUUCCAAAGGAUCAGAUAUACCCCAUGCGGUUGAAGGGCAUCAGCAUCUGCUUCUCCAUGCUCAAGGCGGCAUUGUGUGGCAACUACGUCAACUUUGGGGUGUUCCGGCUAUAUGGCGACGAUGCAUUGGACUCGGCCCUCCACACUUUCGUCAAGCUGCUCCUCUCCAUACCACAAUCUGAUCUCCUGGUGUAUCCAAAGCUGUCCCAGACUUACUAUGUUCUCUUGGAGUGUUUGGCACAAGACCACGUGAACUUCCUUUCUACUCUAGAGCCCAACGUGUUCCUCUACAUUCUGUCCUCCAUAUCAGAAGGACUCUCAGCCAUAGACACGAUGGUGUGUACAGGCUGCUGUGCUACCCUUGACCACAUAGUAACAUACCUCUUCAAAACCUUACAUCACAAGAGCAAAAAAGGCACGGUGGACCUGGAGAACGAUGCCCUGGUCAAGGUGAUGAAGCACCAGCCCUCCAUCCUGCAGCAGAUGUUGGCCACGGUCCUCAACACCAUCAUGUUCGAGGACUGCAGGAACCAGUGGAGUAUGUCCCGUCCUCUGUUGCCGCUCAUCCUACUCAAUAACGAGUACUUUGGGCAACUGAGACAGCAAAUCAUCAGCCAGCAGGCACCAGACAAGCAGGGGGCGAUGGCUCAGUGGUUUGAAAGCCUCAUGGAAGGAAUCGAGCCCAAUCUUCUCACCAAAAAUAGAGACAAAUUCACCCAAAACCUAUCUGUUUUCCGGAGGGACAUCAACGACUCUCUGAAGGGACCAGUGACCAGCAGCGGCGGCGGGGGAGGGAGUGAAAUGAUGACAUCGUGACGUCAACACCAGCAAGCCUGUCUGUCCAGCCACCCUCACCCCCGCCAGGACCUCCCCAGCCGUCGCCGUUGCUACUCCUUGUCCGCAACCACCGCCACCCUCGCCGGUUCUACAGUGACCAAUGCUACCCUUAAUGUUAUGGCAGAUUCAAAUUGCAAUCACUUUGCUCUACUGUGGUUGACAUAGUUACAUUAAAGAAGUCUUUUUGACUACCCCGUUUUGAACCAUAUUUUGUAAUUAGACAGUUUUUGCAAAAGAAAAUUACUUUUUGUACAGAAAUGACAAAUGGGACCUGAAUGAACUUUAGUAGUGUUACAUGGUUUUGUUUGUACUAGCUUCAUCACAGUCUCUCUGAGGUCUUGUAUAUCCAUGGUAGUGUGGUGAUGCCACAUUGCUGUUUGAUCUUCACUAAUAGAUUGUGCCUCAGUAAACUACAGUGGGAAGAACUGAUGUGGCUGAAAAUACCAUUGUAGUGAGUGUGGGUGUAUGUGUAGCAAUGUGAGUGUUGCUGGUUCCCUGUGUGCAGUUCCUUGUGAUCUAGGGGGGAGGGGCAGUUAGUGGUGUCCUGUAGUUCAGAGCUCACAGCUACAUCCGGCAACCACUGAAAUGAAGCAUAAAUAACGAAGUGAACGGCCACAGAAGAGCUACAGUUGCUAUGUAACUGAGAUACCACUACCCUGGGAGCCUUGUCAGGUGGCAUCAGUGUCCAGUUUGAGGACUGAGCACAGUGUGUAACGGGCGUGCAGGCGUCACGGGGAGGCAGUGGAAACAGGGCACUGGUUGGCACACUUAUAAUUUCAGUGAUCACUCAGCAAAAGUGAUGCUGUAGGUUGCCUUUUAAUUUUAGCUUAUUUAUUCAUUUAUUUUGUUUUUUUACUAUUUAAAGUUAAAAAAAAUCUAAUAUUAAAAGUGAACUUGCAUGGUUACACAAAUUUUUAGGCUAGCUGAAUGGAAGUUUCAUUUCAUUUUAGUUCAUAAAAUCAGUCAUCAGUGCCAGUGUCUCCAUGAAGCAGAGGAGUUGCUCAGAGCAUUCUUGGGUCCCAUGUGGUUGGUCAAGAAAACCAACAAUUAAUUUUGACUCAUUAUUACUAUCUUUAGUCACAGGUUAUUUCAAGUCAUUACUUUAGAGUUGGGGGCAAAUGGCAGCCUUCGUGCUCUCCUAUCACCUAGUUUGUCUGUGUAGUAGUAAGGGCUGCAGCGUGCCUGGCCGAGGGUGUGGCCAGGCUCUAGGGCAUCAAGCGUACCUCCUCAACACUUGUGAAACACCAAAAUUUUCUGGCUUUUUGUAAAGUUUCAGUUAUGUAUAUAAUAAUGAACAGAUUAUGCUAGAUUUCUCUUUUUUUGUUUUCUUCAAGUUAGUGUUUACCUCAUUGUUGACCUUUCUGGACCAGAUAUGCAAGUGUUAUCUACAAUGAGCAGAAGAGGUUGAAUCAUGACAGGUCUUUCAACAUGAGAGCUGCUGGACAAACUUUCAGCCAAUAUGAAUCUGCCACAAUCCAUACUUACAGAAAGAGAAUUGUACAAUGUUUCUGUGAUGGAAUAGCAUAUUGUUUAAAUAAAUAGGAAAAAUUG